AUGCCACCAGACACUGAAGAUGGAGUUCAAUACUCAUUUGCUCUUGAAUACACCGGACCUCCGGUGGGUUACGAUAUUCCACGCGCUGUCCCAAUCAAUGUCAACAAAAUCCCUGUCGCCGCGGUAGUUUCUCACAUUAAUUUCCCGCAAAAAAUCACUGUACCUGUUGUGAAACCUCUGCUACCGUCCUCUGAUCCCAGUAAAAACCCAAAUUCGGUUAAUAUCGGUGAAAACCCAGGUAAGGAUUGUGGAUCCGAGGAGGCAGUUAUAACUGUUUCACCAACUUCAGUUAUAGAGAGAGCUGCUGAUAGUAAUUUGCAAGAGUGUGUUUUCUCUGGUGAGUUAAGUAGUUCCGGUUUGUUAAAUGAUGGUGGUAGAAGCUCAAGUGCUAUAGAGUUUUCUGGUAGUUUUGGUGAUAAAUCGCGUGAUGAAAGUUUGUCAAAAUUGAGGAUUUCUAAUGAAUUGUCAUCGAAUCGAGACUGGGAGUCAAACGAGUCUGUUUUAAGUAGUGUUGAUGUUGAUGAUGAGUAUCCAUCUUCGCGUGUUUCUAGUGUUAAGGUUUCUAAUAAUGAGGUGAAUGGCGAGGGUAGAAAAGCCCCGGCUGUUACUUUUCGUGAUAUUGAAUCGGGUGAUGGUGUUGGUGGUGAUGCUGGUGGAGAUAUUGAUGAUGGGUUUGAAGGGAAUGAGGGGUUUUUUGAGGAGGAGGAGAGGGUUAUGCGGGUUAAACGAGAGGCGAGAAGUAAAGGGAAGAAAGGGAGUUGUUAUAGGUGUUUUAAAGGGAAUAGAUUUACGGAGAAGGAAGUUUGUCUUGUUUGUGAUGCAAAGUACUGUAGUAAUUGUGUGCUUAGAGCGAUGGGAUCGAUGCCAGAAGGAAGGAAAUGUGUGACUUGUAUUGGGUUUCCGAUUGAUGAACCGAAGCGUGGGAGUUUAGGGAAGUGUUCAAGGAUGCUCAAGAGGCUGUUGAAUGAUUUGGAGGUUAGACAGAUAAUGAAGGCAGAGAAGUUGUGCGAGGCAAAUCAGUUGCCCCCGGAGUAUGUUUAUGUGAAUGGAGAACCUCUUUGUCAUGAGGAGUUAGUUAUUUUGCAGACUUGUUCAAACCCACCUAAGAAGAUGAAACCUGGAAACUAUUGGUAUGAUAAAGUGUCUGGUCUUUGGGGAAAGGAAGGGCAAAAGCCUUCCCAGAUUAUAAGUGCUCAUUUGAAUGUUGGGGGUCCAAUUAAGGGAGAUGCUAGCGAUGGAAACACACAGGUUUUCAUGAAUGGCCGGGAGAUCACAAAAGUAGAGCUUAGGAUGUUGCAGCUGGCAGGAGUUCAAUGCGCUGGCAACCCUCAUUUUUGGGUGAAUGAAGAUGGAUCAUACCAAGAAGAGGGACAGAAGAACACUAAAGGUUACAUUUGGGGCAAGGCUGGAAUGAAGCUUGUUUGUGCUUUCUUAUCACUGCCUGUUCCUUCUAAACCCUCAAAUUCUUGUGGAGAACAAGUUAAUAGUCUAAUUAGCAGAAGUGUCCCAGACUACCUUGAGCAGAGAACACUUCUGAAGCUCCUUUUAGUUGGAUACAAUGGAUCUGGAACAAGUACUAUCUUCAAGCAGGCAAAGAUUCUUUAUAAACCUGUCCCUUUCACUGAAGAUGAGCGUGAAAACAUUAAAUUGACAAUCCAGAGUAAUGUGUAUGGUUAUCUUGGCAUACUUCUUGAGGGCCGUGACCGGUUUGAAGAGGAAAGUUUAGCUGCAAUGAAGAAAGAGCAAUCUACUGAUGAAACAGAAACCAUUGGGAGUACCAGUAACACCAGUUGCCAAACCAUCUAUUCAAUUGGUCCAAGGCUUAAAGCAUUCUCGGAUUGGCUUCUGAAGACUAUGGUUUCAGGAAAUUUGGAAGCAAUUUUUCCUGCUGCUACUCGUGAAUAUGCACCAUUAGUUGAAGAGUUAUGGAAGGAUGCAGCCAUUCAGUCCACAUACAAGCGGAGAAAUGAAUUGGAAAUGCUACCUAGUGUGUCAAGUUAUUUCUUGGAGCGGGCUGUUGAUAUAUUGAGAACAGACUAUGAGCCCUCAGAUUUGGAUAUCCUAUAUGCUGAGGGUGUUACUUCAUCAAAUGGGCUUGCUUGUUUGGACUUCUCAUAUCCCCAGUCAGCCUCUGAUGAUAAAUACGACCCUGAAGACCAGCAUGACGCUUUGCUUAGGUACCAACUAAUUAGUGUACAUGCUCGGGGACUUGGAGAAAACUGCAAGUGGCUAGAGAUGUUUGAAGAUGUUGGGAUGGUCAUUUUCUGUGUUGCCAUGAGUGACUAUGAUCAGUUUACAGUUGAUGGUAAUGGCUCAUAUACUAACAAGAUGAUGCUGAGCAAGAAAUUCUUUGAGAGCAUUGUCACUCAUCCAACUUUUGAGCAGAUGGAUUUCCUUCUGAUACUAAACAAAUUUGAUCUGUUUGAGGAGAAGAUUGAGCGAGUACCAUUGACUCAAUGUGACUGGUUUCAUGAUUUUCUUCCGCUGAUAAGUCGUCAUCGCUCCAAUAACAACAGCAACAGCAUUAAUAACAGCCCCUCACUUGGUCAGCUGGGUGCACACUAUAUGGCAGUCAAGUUCAAGAGGCUCUACGCUUCACUAACUGGAAGGAAGUUGUAUGCUUCUGUAGUCAAGGGACUCGAACCUGAUAGUGUCGAUGCAGCUCUUAAAUAUGCAAGAGAGAUUUUGAAGUGGGAUGAAGAAAAACCCAACUUCAGUCUCAGUGAGUAUUCAAUGUAUAGCACCGAGGCAAGUUCUUAUUCCCCCUGA